AUGGAAUCUUCAUCAAAAACACAAAGAAGGUUCAGAUUCAGAGACCACUCCCAACCUGAAUCUCAGAACUCUGUGCCAUCAUCAGAGCCUAGCUCUGAUGUUUCUGCACUCUCACUGCAUGAUUCUGAUGAACCCGAAAUUGAGUCCAUGACUGGAAGGGGAAUCAAGCAUCUGUGUGAUGAACUUUUAGAGCUUAAGGAAGCAGCAAGUGAGGAUUUGCAGAAAAACAUCUUUGCUAAUUAUUCUUUCUUCCUUAGAAUUCUAGAGGAAGUGACAGGAGUGGAAAAUGAACUUGUGCAACUAGAAAACCAUUUUGUAUCACAUAAAAGACUAGUGAGGGAUCUUAUAGACCGUAUAUAUCCAAAUAUACUGUCCUUAAGCUCAAACAUUGAAGAUCACAUAGAUAAUGAAACUUCAUUAAUCCGUAGUGAAUUUGAAGCUCAUAUUAACGAUGUUUCGGAUAAGCUUGAUCUUCUCAUGUCAGAAAACAAGGUAGAUGAAGCCUUGGAGCUUCUAGAAUCUGCUGAUGCACAUUACCAAGGAAUCCAGUUCGAAGACUACUCGGAUUCUGACAUAAACUUAUACAACUCUGUGAUUUCUGAGAAGAUGUCAAUGCUGAAACAAAGAUUGAUACAGAUAGCUGAGAAUGAUAGAACAGUUGGACCGGAGCUGCAAAAGGCGCUAUCAGGGCUAUGCAGGCUUGGAGAGACUCAACUCGCUAUCGAAUUGUUGCUAAAAUAUUACCAUUCGAGGAUUAUGGAUGGAACGAAAGAUUUGCAAUGGUCUAAAUCUUCUUCGAACGAAGCAUAUAUAAGAGAACUUGCAAGGUUUGUGUUUUCUAUGAUUUCACAAGCAGCUAAGAGCUUUGUGAUGUUAUGCGGAGAGAGUUCUCCUUAUGCCUCAGAACUUAUGAUGUGGUCAUGUGAGGAAACAAAGUCAUAUGUUGCUUGGUUCGACGAGUAUGUUAAGAAGAUCUCGGCGACUAAUGGUAGCUUGUCAUAUGCCAUAAAAGCUGUGAAGUUCGCGGUGUUGUAUUGUUCCUUGUUGGAGGAUCAAAGUUUGGUUUUGCAGCCUUACUUGGUGAUGCUUCUAUGUCCCUGCAUUGAAGAGGUUCUGAAUACACAUGUAAAUCAUUUUAAGAAAGUUGUUGGUAUCUUCUCAGUAAGUGAUUCUUGGGGUUUGGAGAAAUACCUUGUUUCUGGAGUGUUGGAGGGAGGAUCCUUAAAUCUUGAUGUCGAGGAGCAACCGGAAUAUUGCGUGCUAACUACCAGCGGCCGGAAAUUUCUCACACUUUUACAGGCCAUUGUGGAAGAUAUUUCUCCUUUAGUUGCUCUUCAAAUGGGAAGUUCAAUCAUUGGUGCACUCAGCAACCUCAUCACAGAGUAUGUCACCAUUCUUGAAAGAGCUCUAACCUAUGAAAAAAGAGGAGGAGAUCAUCAAGUUAGUCCAAGAAUCAAGUUAGCCGUGUCGGUUGCGCAGCAGGUUUCGAUUUUGGCUAAUAUGUUGACGCUAACAAAGCUUCUCUUCGUCAUGGUUAAGGGAAUAUAUAGCAGCAAUGAUGGUGGCAAAGAUUCUAAUGAAAUGGAAGAAAAUUUAGAUGUUGAUCAGCAUCAAGAACUUGAAGAGUUCAUGCUGUUUCUUGAAGAGAGCUCACAUAAGCUGAGAACUGUGUUUUGCCAGCAAUUAAUUGCGCGAGUAUCGGCUACUUACCAUAGCCAUGAGAUUUUCUCGGCUAUUCAAAAUGUUGAUCAUUUUGAUGAUAACAGAAUCCAAUAUACCAUGCCCUCUGGUAUCUUUCAGGUUCUAUUUCUCGAACUGAGGAAAAUAGAAAGACUUGAUGAAGAGAAUAUGUUUGAAGUGAAUUGGUUGAUAGGCUUACUGAGGGCUAAAGAAGAAAAAGCAUAA